GCGGCAGACAUGUCGGGACCUCUGGGACGAAUCAUCGCGCAGGUGGUGGUCAUGGGCGCGGGCAUCGUGUCUAAGGCCUUCGUGCAGGCCUACCAGCAGGCCGUCCACAACGCUCGCACGGGCAACACUGGCGCCAUGGCAGCGAAGACGGUGGUGCGCAAGAACCAAAUGUCCAAGCAGCAAGCGCGCGAGAUUCUCAACUUCCCCACGAGUGGACCGGUGCCUUCCUCGGAGGAGAUCCAGAAGCAGUUCACAAGGUACUUCGAAGCCAACGACCCAGCCAAGGGUGGCUCGUUCUACCUGCAGUCCAAGAUUUUCCGGGCCAAGGAAGCGCUAGAGCGCAAGGACCCUGACGAGGAAGCUCCGGCCAGCGAUGCGGCGAAGGAAAAAUAG